CCCUCGCGGGGGGGGGGUGUUGUUGAUCUCCGCCUCAGCUUGGGCUCUUUCUCUUUCACUUUUCUUUUAGCUGGGGUUGGGGCUCCCUGGCUGGAAAGCGCACCGGGGAGACCAGGGAAAACCCCCGGCUGAUUUCGCCCCUAGUGCCUCGAUUGCUCACGUUGGCUGCCGCUCUGCAUCCUGCAGCCAGAACUCUAUGGAGGUACAGAAUGGGAGGUGGUAGUGCUGGUGGUGGUGGAUCAACAAUGGAAUUUUUCCCGAAAGCCUACGCCCCGGGCCCCUCCCAGCUCUGGCUCUGCUCAGGCACCCUUUUCCCCACCAGCUGCGGGCCUGGCCGCCCCGCCCUCUUGACCGAGACUUCAAUUCUCAGUGGCGCUAUGUGCAGAGAGUUUUCUUCCCUUCUGUCCAGACAUUCUUCUCCGGGGUUCUCCUCUACAUCCUCCCCUUGCAGAGUAGGGCAGCUUGCGGGUCCUCCGGCAAGUCUCUCCAGCCCGCUGCGCCCAGCGGCUUGCGGUGCACAUCGCUCUGCGCUUGCAGGGACCUUGACAGGGCAGGACUGGGGGGAAGCAACGCGUGUCUGGCUGCCCCCGCCCAGUUGCAGAGUUGGACGACGACGAGAUCCUGCUGCUUGGAAGGCUGAAUUCCACAUCUAACCAAGCUCAGAGAGGUCAGGAAAGGAGGCGUUCUGGAUGGAUGGCAGCUGGAAGCCCAUCGCCGUAGCCAGCUCUUCUUCAACACUUGAGCAUUUACCUGGGAAUUAAGUAAUGAAAAUUUUGAAACUGUACACGAGCAAUGUGUCCAUCUCAUGCUACCUGUGUUUCCUUCUGAACAGUCAUUUUUUAACUGAUGCUGCCAUCCAUGUCUUCAUUUUGGGCUGUGUCAGUGUGGGCCUCCCUAAAACAGAAGCCAACUGGAACGAUGUAAGACUCGACUUGAAGGAAAUCGAAAAACAUAUUCAAUCUAUUCAUAUUGACACUACUUUAUACACUGACAGUGACUUUCAUCCCAGUUGCAAAGUUACUGCAAUGAACUGCUUUCUCCUGGAAUUGCAGGUUAUUUUUCAUGAAUACGAGUACAGUAACACAGAAUUAAGCCAAACAGUGAAAAACGCAAUAAUCGUUGGAAACAGCACCCUGUUUUCUAACCAGAACAUAACAGAAUCUGGCUGCAAGAAGUGUGAGGAGCUGGAGGAGAAAAGCUUCACGGAGUUCUUGCAGAGUUUCCUGCGUAUCGUGCAAAUGUUCAUCAACACGUCUUGAUUGUCGUCGAUCCUCUUCGGUGUUUCUAUUAUUAAGACAUCGCCUCCUGCCGCUCGGAGGCAGCUCAGCUCUGUGCACUGGAGAUCUGCUGGGGAACCAAGGCUUUCUCACAGGAAGCUGUCGCGCACCCCUUGCAGCAGCUGGACUCUUGAAAAUGAAGGGCGAAAUGGAGCUCUUAUCAGACUUAUUCUUUUCUUGCUUAUUUUUAAUUUAUUACUGCACUUGUACAUAUUUGUAAUAUAACAGAAGAUGUCGAAUAAAGUUGUGUGUGUGUUUUAUCACUUGAAAUUUAA